UUAGGCUUCAACAUGGCGACUGCAAAUCGGAAGAAGUUAUUGAGAAAGUGAUGUUUUCUUUCAUGAAUUUAUUGCUUACGGUGUAUGGGGAGACAGAGAGCUCUGAUUCAUCGGAAAGAACGUGACAGAACAGUGUGAGCAGAAUGGCAGCAGAGGUGACCUUGGCUGAUGCCCUGUCCAAUGUGGACGUUCUUGAUGAGCUCCCAUUGCCCGACCAGCAGCCCUGCAUCGAAGCGCUUCCCUGCAGCAUUGUAUACCAUGCAAACUUUGACACAAACUUUGAGGACCGCAACGCAUUUGUCACUGGUGUUGCGAAGUACAUCGAGGAAGCCACCGUACACGCUGAGCUGAAUGAAAUGCUAGAGCAAGGCCAAGAACAUGCUGUAAUGUUGUACACGUGGCGAUGUUGUUCGAGGGCCAUACCACAGCCAAAAUCAAACGAGCAGCCAAAUCGUGUUGAAAUCUAUGAGAAAACCGUGGAAGUGCUUGCUCCAGAGGUGAACAAGCUGCUCAACUUCAUGUACUUCCAGAGACGAGCGAUUGACCGCUUCACAACUGAGGUUAGGAGGCUGUGCCAUGCGGAGAAACGCAAGGACUUUGUCUCCGAAGCCUACCUCCUAACCUUGGGCAAGUUCAUCAACAUGUUUGCUGUAUUGGAUGAACUCAAAAACAUGAAGUCCAGCGUCAAGAACGAUUAUGCCACUUACAGAAGGGCAGCGCAGUUCCUGAAGGUGAUGGCCGACUCGCAGGCACUGCAGGAGUCGCAGAACCUGUCCAUGUUCCUGGCCACGCAGAACAAAAUUCGGGACACCCUAAAGGAGACCAUGGAGAAAAUUCCCGGCUACGAUGAACUGCUGGCUGAUAUCGUCAGCAUCUGCGUGCAGAUGUACGAAAGCAAGAUGUACAUGCUGCCUUCUGAGAAACACAUGCUCAUCAAAGUGAUGGGAUUUGGACUUUUUCUAAUGGAUGGAGAAAUCUGCAACAUCAAUAAACUGGACCAGAAGAAACGAAUUAAUCUCGGAAAGAUAGACAAGAUUUUCAAGGCUCUGGAGAUGGUGCCCCUGUUUGGUGACAUGCAAGUGGCUCCUUUCAACUACAUCAAGUGCACACCCCAUUACGAGCAAUCCCGGUGGCCCAUGGCCAGUUCCAGCUCUCCCAGUCCGCAGUCUGACUUGCUUCAGCAUCUGCCCACCAUCAGAGAUGAAUAUGAACGUUACAUCAGCGAGCUGGCCAGGCAUAGCAACGAAGUAACCACAACAGUGAAGGAAACGCCACGAACGGAUGCUGAAAAUAAAGAGCUCAACGACCUGGCACUGCGCGGUCUUCAGCUGCUGUCCGAUUGGACGACCCAUGUGACAGAACUGUACUCCUGGAAGCUGAUGCAUCCAACGGAUCCCCACCAAAACAAAGAGUGCCCGCAGGAAGCGGAAGAAUAUGAGCGAGCGACUCGCUACAACUACACGGACGAGGAGAAGUUUGGGCUCAUUGAGGUGAUUGCCAUGGUCAAAGGGCUGCAGGUGCUCAUGAGCCGAAUGGAGACCGUGUUCACGGAUGCUGUACGUCGCCACGUCUAUUACGAGCUGCAGAGCUUCGUGCAGAUCAUCCUCCGCGAACCCUUACGUAAAGCGGUCAAAAACAAGAAGGACCUUGUCCGCAGCAUUAUCAUGUCUGUGCGGGAGACUUGUGCCGACUGGAAACGCGGCACAGAGCCCAACGACGACCCGGCACUCAAAGGAAAAAAGGAUCCAGACAAUGGCUACGAUAUUUCAGCCCCCAGGAGGAAUGUUGGGCCCUCUAGCACUCAGUUGUACAUGGUACGGACGAUGUUAGAAUCCCUGAUUGCCGACAAGAGUGGCGGUAAAAGGACACUCCGUAAGGACAUAGACGGCCCUUCUCUCAUGGAGAUUGACCGAUUCCACAAGGGAUCUUUCUACUGGAACUACCUGCUCAAUUUCAGCCAAACCCUGCAAGAGUGCUGCGACCUCUCCCAGCUGUGGUACCGAGAAUUUUACUUGGAAAUGACCAUGGGCAAAAGGAUACAGUUCCCCAUCGAAAUGUCCCUUCCGUGGAUUCUCACGGAUCAUAUUCUCCACACCAAGAACCCUUCAAUGAUGGAGUGUGUGCUGUACCCACUGGAUCUGUACAAUGAUAGUGCAUUCUAUGCCCUUACCAAAUUCAAGAAGCAAUUCCUCUACGACGAAGUAGAAGCCGAAGUGAAUCUCUGCUUUGACCAGUUUGCCUAUAAGCUGAGCGAUCAGAUAUUUGCCUACUACAAGCAUCUAGCUGGAAGUGUCCUGCUGGACAAGCGCUUCCGAGCCGAGUGUGCGAGCAACGGCACGGUGUUUUCGUACCCCGUGGCAAACCGCUACGAGACGCUGCUGCGCCAGCGCCACGUUCAGCUGCUGGGGCGCUCGGUUGACCUGAAUCGGCUCAUUGCUCAGCGGCUCAGCGCAGCCCUGCAGCGAAGCCUUGACCUUGCUGUCUCACGAUUUGAGGCUCAGGACAUCACCGGCAUUGUGGAAUUGGAAGGUCUGCUGUCUGUGAACCGCAUGACGCAUAAGCUGCUGAGCAAGUUUGUGACUCUGGACGACUUCGACGCAAUGCUGAGAGAGGCUAACCACAACGUGCUGGCCCCUUACGGCCGCAUCUGUCUGCACGUCUUCUGGGAGCUCAACUACGACUUUCUUCCCAACUACUGCUACAAUGCUGCAACUAACAGGUUUGUGAAGGUGAAGAACAUCACGUUCACACAAGCGGUGACACGAGACAAGCUCCCAAGCGCUCAACCUCACUACUUCUACGGGACCAAGGCAUUGAAUGUGGCAUACACACAGAUUUACAGUCUGUAUAGUGGAUUUGUGGGAGCGCCCCACUUUCGAGCUAUCUGUCGUCUGCUGGGCUACCAGGGCAUUGCCGUUGUCAUGGAAGAAUUACUGAAGAUCGUCAAGAGCCUCAUUCAAGGAACUUUGCUGCAGUACACAAAGAUAUUGUUAAAUGUGAUGCCAAGACAGUGCAGACUUCCACGUUACGACUACGGUUCCCCUGGCAUUCUGGGAUACUACCAAGCUCAGUUAAACGACAUCAUCCAGUAUCCCGACGUGAAGACGGAGUUGUUCCAGAGCUUCCGUGAAGUGGGAAACGCCAUCCUCUUCUGCAUGCUUGUAGAGCAAAGCUUGUCACAAGAAGAAGUUUGUGAUCUGCAGCACGCAGCCCCUUUCCAGAACAUCCUUCCGAGGCCAUACUGCAAAGAUGGAGAAAAGCCAGAGACGAAAUUGAAGCGCCUCGAAAACAAAUACGCUCCGCUUCAAGUGGUGCAGAAUAUCGAACGUCUUGGAACGCAGAAGCAAUCCGGGAUAGCAAAAGAAGGCGACCUGCUCACGAAAGAACGUCUCUGCUGCGGGCUCUCCAUCUUUGAGGUGAUUCUGGGACGCAUGAAGUCCUACCUGGAGGACCCCCUGUGGACUGGCCCACCUCCAGCCAAUGGGGUCAUGAACGUGGAGGAGUGCUCAGAGUUCCAUCGUCUCUGGAGCGCUCUCCAGUUUGUCUACUGCAUGCCCGUUGGAGAAAACGAAUUCACUGUUGAGCAGUUGUUUGGAGAAGGGCUACACUGGGCUGGCUGUGCAAUGAUCAUGCUUCUUGGACAGCAGCGACGUUUCGAGGCCCUCGACUUCUGUUACCACAUACUGCGAGUUCAGAGGGUCGAUGGCAAGGACGAAGUGAUCAAAGGCAUUCCAUUGAAGAGGAUGGUGGAUCGCAUCCGGAGGUUCCAGGUCCUCAACUCCCAAAUCUUUGCCGUGCUGAGCAAGUACCUCAAGACGAGCGACGCGGAGAGCCUGCCCGUGGAACACGUGCGCUGUUUCCCGCCCCCCAUCCACCAGUCCAUAGCCGGGUCCCAGCCCCCGCCCGGUACCAUUUACAUGCGUGCGGAUGUUUUACACAAGUAGUCUAGCCACGUGGGUGGGAGCACACAUUCCUAACGUGCAGCCUUCGCGGAGUGUACAAAAAGUGGAGAUCCAGUUCCAUCUGGCACGGUCGAAACCUGUUGCAGUGAACGACGCCUCGUGCGAUUUGGGCCGGCAUCGCAUCGGGCUGGCGUCGGGUAUCACACGGCUGCUUCCAGCUUGCGCGAAGGACGAGGUGUGUACCGCCUUUUCGUUACAACAGGUUUCGACCGCGGUGUUUGUAAAGAAAAUCAGUGUGCGGCACACCUUUUUCGAGUGGAUCUAGACAAAUCAGUUCUACUGCGUAGAAUAACUUGUGCCGACAGGUGAAAUGUUGUCUAGCGCAGGAGAGUGUUACUGCCAACAUUUGACCCAGAAAUUGGUUGUGUAGAAAUGAUAUCAUUUUAUGACGCGUUGUUUGUUUGAUGCUCAUUUUUGCGGUAGCAUUAUAUAUUAUGUCACUAGCACUUUUUCGAGUUACCCAGCCUGUCCUCCAUAAGCCUACUUUGUCCAUAUCACUAAUUUUCCUGGACGUGCACAGUCACAGUUACUUAGUCCACAUUUGCGUGCUUCACUUACGCAAAAUAAGUUGCUAAACUUUUUUUUUUUUUUUACUUUUCCAGUUGUUAACCUUGGUACAUGCAUUAACAAGCUGUGGACAUGGUGUAUCUUUUAGCAGAUUUUAGAUUUUUUUGUAGUUGUAUAUACACUUGGCACGAGCCACUUGCCAGUCUUUUUUUUUUUACCCUUUAAGUAUGAAUUGCAUACUUUUUCCCACUUAGUACAUACUAGUAGUAUUGUUUAAAUAACAUAUUUAUCUGGUCUCAUGACAGAGUGUAUGAAAACAGUAUUCCUUCAGAGGAUUUUAUAAUGAUGUCUGUGCAUAUAUCAUACAAUUGUCAUUUACUUAUUUAAACAAUUAUUUUUGUGAAAUAAAGUUCCAGUUGCAGA